UUUAAAACAAAAUCUCGAACCCAUACAGGAUGGAACAACCUGCGUCGGCGACGUACGUCCAAGGACAGACGGCAGUGUCCGUUACAACGGCGUCCCGACAAGAAGCAAACUUCUUGGUGCAGAGGUUUGGAUGUGUGGACGGCAUCGACGAGUCUCGGCGGUGGUUGACCUUGGAAGAAGCGUUCUAUCUCGCCUCAGAUAGGCGCAUACACAUUGCCGGGCUCUCGACGCAUGAUGCGAUCUGGACUGCGUUCACAUCGGCGGACGACGCGUUUGCUUCGAGAUACGUCGCAUAUUCCCGUUAUCGGUCACGAGGAUGGAUCGUGCAGUCCGGCAUGUUGUACGGCGUCACAUAUGUGCUCUACCGAAUGUCCCCCGACGUCGUGCAUUCCGAAUACAUGGUUUACGUCCACGACAACACUUCGUCGUCCAGUGCGCUGUCGUGGCAACUCCUCCAGGUAGUCUAUGCAUCAUGCAGCGUAGUUUGUUCAUGUCCGAUAGAUGCUAACGCGGCUCGCCGAAGACGUCAAGAAGACGGUACUUGUGUGCGAAGUUCAAUUAGUCGCGAAGGAUCAUUCCGCGGACCCUGCAGCCUCCAUCACCAUCGCGGGUCGUCGCUUCCAUUGUAGAGAGAUGGCCUUCCGCCACUGGCCCGCACAAUUCACAGAAGGCGCGUCCUUCGCCAUGGCCGAGUCCACCGCCAUCCCCAAGCGCACCCGAUCAUGAAAGUGUAACUGCAACAUGCAUUGACUUCAACGUAGAAGAAAUAUAACCAGCUUAAUAUCACUUUCGUCA